UCGGUUAGUAGGAAAGUUAACCAGAGUCCGUUCAGCGUUAAUGGAGUGACCGAAAAUGACGGAAGAAUCCGCGGUGAAAGUGUGCGUCAGGGUCAGGCCUCUGAUUAAACGAGAGGCAUCUGAGAGCUCGGAGCCGGUUCAGCUCUACUGGAGAUCUGACAAACAGGCCAUCCAUCAGCUGGAUGAAGAUGGAGCCCAGACCAAGAGCUACAGCUUCGACCGUGUGUUCAGUGCUGCAGAGUCCACUGCUCAGCUCUAUCAGGACAUUGCGAAGCCUCUGGUCGUGUCUGCAGUUGAAGGUUAUAACGGCACAAUAUUUGCCUAUGGACAAACGUCUUCUGGAAAGACCUUCACCAUGAUGGGAAGUGAACACAAUCCUGGGGUGAUCCCCCUCGCCAUGGCUGACGUCUUCAAAACCAUUAAAAGUUUUCCAAAGAAGGAGUUUCUCCUGCGCGUGAGCUACAUGGAGAUCUACAACGAAACGGUCACUGAUCUGCUCUGCGACAGCUGGAAAAGAAAACCUCUGGAGAUUCGUGAAGGAAACUACAAAAACGUGUAUGUGGCUGAUCUGACGGAGGAGCUGGUGACGUCUCCUGAACAAGCCCUGUCCUGGAUCACCAAAGGAGAAAAAAACCGUCAUUAUGGGAAAACUAAGAUGAACCAGCGGAGCAGCCGCUCUCACACCAUUUUCCGCAUGAUAUUGGAGAGCCGCGAGAGAAGUGACCCGACGGCUGGUGAAAACGCUGAUGGAGCCAUCAUAGUGUCACACUUGAAUUUGGUGGAUCUUGCUGGAGCUGAACGUGCCAGUCAAACUGGAGCUGAGGGAACCCGUUUUAAAGAAGGCUGCAAUAUAAACCGCAGUUUGUUCACACUGGGUCAAGUCAUCAAGAAAUUAUCUGAUGAGAGUCAGAAGGGCUUCUUGAAUUACAGAGACAGCAAACUCACCAGAAUCCUGCAGAACUCUUUAGGUGGUAAUGCCAAAACAGUCAUCAUCUGCACCAUCACUCCAGCCACGGUGGACGAGACCGUCAGCACUCUGCAGUUUGCCAGUGCUGCGAAACGGAUGAAGAACGACCCUCAUGUCACAGAGGUCUCUGAUGAAGGUGCUCUGUUGAGAAGAUACAGAAAUGAGAUUGUGGAUCUUAAACGCCGUCUACAAGAGGUUUCAUCUGUAACACAAACCACAGCGACCGAGCGGGAGUCUCUCUGUCAGCUCUUGCAGGAGAAAGACCAGCUCCAGAGAGAGCAGGAGGACCGCAUCAAGAACUUGACCAAGUUGCUGGUUACUUCCUCUAACAUUGCGCUCAUCCCGAAGGUCCCCAAACGGAGAGUGACGUGGGGUGGGAAACUGCUGAGAUCUGCUCAUCUGCUGAAUGAGGAUCUCUGCUCCACUGAUAUGAGUUUUGCAGAGCCGUACCUCAAGAAGAGGAGAGCGGACUGCUCUCUGGCUGACGUCGGAGAGGAUAUGGAUGAGUUUGACAGCCGCUUUGACUUCACUGCUCUGGAGGAACCCAACGUGGACAUGGAGAUGAGCAGUAUCACUGUUCGCAGCUCCUCAGAGGGGAGUCAUUUUCUGGACUCUCCCCGUGCGAGUGAGCUGAUGCAGAAGGUGUCGUCUCUGGAGAGUCAGCUGGAGGCUGAGACUCAGAGCAAACAAACAGCAGAGGAAAUGAACGCUGAGCUCCAGAUGAAGCUCUCGCAUCUGCAGAACAUCCUGGAGGCUCAGUCUGCACCAUCACGUGAGGAGAUUAACACCAUCUCUGAGCUGGAGAAACAGAUGGAGGAGAUGCAGCGGAGACUGGAGACGGAGGUUCAGGAGAGACAGACGGCUGAGGAGAAAAACAUCUCACUGGAGCUGAAGGUGGCAGAGCUGGAGAAACCAUCAGAAGAGCUGCUGCACACACAGAACACCUGCGAACGGGUGAAGAAAGAUCUGGAAGAGGCCAUUCAGCUCUGCGAGACUGUUAGUUUCGAGAAAGAUGCUGUUAUUGCUGAGCGGGACAUGAUCAAGCACUCGCUGGACAUGACGACAGAAGAGCUGGAGACACUGAAGGCAGAGAAGGACUCGCUUCAGAAAGAGAAAGAAGCUCUUCAGAAAGAUAAAGACACUCUGCAGAAGGACAUCGAGGAGAGGAGAGAUGCAGAUGAGUUUGAGAAGCUGGAGGAGGAGAGCAAGAGGGAUUAUGAGAGAGAAUUGGAGGCUGAAAACUGCAGAUUGGAGAAAGAUUUAAAACAGUCUGAAGACAUGAUCCAAAAACUGAAGGCUGAUCUGGCAUUGAUGUCCUCAGAGCUUCAAAAGAAAACAGACCUGACUACUGAACUGCAGAGUUUUAGUGGAAAGGAUAUUGUGCAGGAAGUGACACGUCUGCGCCGUUCUCUGGAUGAUGCUGAAACCCUCAGUUUGGAAACCAAGAAGGAAUGGGCUUUCCUGCGCAGCGAGAACAUCUCCCUGAAGGAGAGAGACGCGACCCUGACCACAGACUAUGGAAAGAUGGAGGUGGAGGUGAAGAUGCUUCAGGACAGGCUGGAGCAGGAGAAAUCUCGCUUUAAGAAGAUGCAAACGGAUCUUCAGAAAGAGCUAAUGGGAGCCUUCGACGAAAACACCAAACUCACGGCUCUGAUGGAUGGGAAAGUGCCAAAGAAUCUGACAGAUAAUGUUGUGUUGGAGAAAACCGUGAGUGAUUUGCAUAAAGAGCUUGAUCAGAUCCGGGAGCGUGAGCAGAGUCUGCAGAAUAAACUGAGCGAGUUGGAAACACUUCCUGCUAAAGUGGACGAAUUACUGGGACAGGUGUGUGUCGCGUCUGAGGAGCUGCGGUGCGUGCGCGAGGAGAGAGACGCUGUGUGUUCUGCUCAGGCCAGUGUGAAUGAAGCUCAUCAGAGGCUGACAGAGGAUUACUCUACAGCUCAGCAUCAGCUGCUGCAGAUGGAGAGCGAUCUGCUGGAGGCGCAGCUGAAGGAAACACAACUGAGCCAAGAGCUGAGCGACAACACACAGCAACUGCACAACAUGCAGAUGGAGAACGACACACUGCACACAUCACUGCAGGAGGCACAGCAGAAGUGUGAGCAGCUGAGCGCUGAUCUGGGGUCAGUCUGCGCUGAGAGAGAUCAGCUUCUGUCUGAGAAGAUGGAGGGAGAGUCUGAGGAGCUGCAGAAUCUGAGAAACACCAUCAGCUCCAUCACAGAGGAGAAACAGCAGAUGCAGGAGAUUCUGCAGAGCCUCCGGGAACAGCGGGACCAGCUCAAGGCAGACCUGGAGGAGAAUGUGGAGAUGAUGAUUGAGACUCAGGCAGAACUGAGAGAUGCUCAGGAGAAAGUGAGGGAGUUUCAGGGAGAAAUAAACCGUCUGGAGUCUGGGAGAGUUGAGCCGGAUGAGCAGCGAGAGGACGGACAAAUGGACAUGCUCCACCAGCAGCAGCUGACAGAAGAGCUGCAGGCCGCAGUUGUAGAGAAGGAGCGUCUGCUAGCGGACAGAUCUGAGCUGAUGGAGAAGAUGAACACAGACGUCACAUCUUUAACAGAGCAGAGAAAUGAGCUGCAGGAGCGACUCCAGCAGCUGGAAAGGGACUGCGAUGUUAUGAAGACACAUCUGGAGGAGAAGGAGCAGACGAUUCUCCAGCUUCAGAGUGAGUUACAGGAGAAACAACAGCAGCAGAUUUUGAACCAAGAUGAGCAGGCCUCCAGUGAGGAGAAGGCUGAUCAGCUACAGCAGAUCCAGACGCUGAAAGAAGAGCUUGAGGCUCUGUUAGAGCAGAAAAACCAGCUGACGUUGAGACUUGAAGAGAGUGCCCAGCAGGUGUGUGUCAUGUCUGAGGAGCUGCGGUGCGUGCGCGAGGAGCGAGACGCUGUGUGUUCUGCUCAGGCCAGUGUGAAUGAAGCUCAUCAGAGGCUGACAGAGGAUUACUCUACAGCUCAGCAUCAGCUGCUGCAGAUGGAGAGCGAUCUGCUGGAGGCGCAGCUGAAGGAAACACAACUGAGCCAAGAGCUGAGCGACAACACACAACAACUGCACAACCUGCAGACAGAGAACGACACACUGCACACAUCACUGCAGGAGGCACAGCAGAAGUGUGAGCAGCUGAGCGCUGAUAUGGGGUCAGUCUGCGCUGAGAGAGAUCAGCUUCUGUCUGAGAAGAUGGAGGGAGAGUCUGAAGAGCUGCAGAAUCUGAGAAACACCAUCAGCUCCAUCACAGAGGAGAAACAGCAGAUGCAGGAGAUUCUGCAGAGCCUCCGGGAACAGCGGGACCAGCUCAAGGCAGACCUGGAGGAGAGUAAUGGCCUGCUUAUGCAGGCUCAGAUGGAGCACAGCGGCCCACAGAUCGACACACAGCAUGAUGAACUUCUCCAGCAGAUUCAGCAGCUGAGAGUGGAGCUGGACACAGCCAAUGAGGAGAAGAACCAGCUCAAGUCUGACCUACAGGAGAAUGUGGAGAUGACGAUUGAAAAUCAGGAGGAGUUGAGAGCAGCUCUUGACAAGGUGAAAGAUCUGCAGAAGAGCUUAGAGGAGCUGGAGACUAAACAGCAGGAGUCUGAACACAAGUCACAGCAGGACCUUCAGAUGCAGCAGCUGAGAGAGGAGCUGGAGAGUGUGUGUUGUGAGCGAGAGCGUCUGCUAUCGGGGCGUUUGCCGAACACUGACGCUGAGCAGAUGAAGGCUGACAUCACAUCUCUGAAGGAGGAGCGAGAGCAGCUUCAACACACACUGCAGGAGCUGCGAGACCAGCUGAUGCAGACAGAGCAGACGGUGGUCCAGUUGAGGGCAGAUCUGGAGUCUGUGUGUGCGGAGAGAGAGCGUCUGCUGACAGAGAAGAGCACAGAUGUGGAGGAGAUGGAGAAGGUGAGCUGUAGACUGACGGAGGAGAAGGAGAUGCUCCAGCAGACCAUACAGCAGCUCACAGACCAGAGAGAACAGCUGAGGAGAGAUCUGGAGGAGAGCCAGGACACGGUUCUUCAAUUGAGGGCAGAUCUGGAGUCUGUGUGUGCAGAGAGAGAGCAUAGACUGAUGGAGGAGAAGGAGAUGCUCCAGCAGACCAUACAGCAGCUCACAGACCAGAGUGAACAGCUGAGGAGAGAUCUGGAGGAGAGCCAGGACAUGGUGCUCCAGUUGAGGGCAGAUGUUGAGUCGGCAUGUGCUGAGAAAGAGCGUCUGCUGACGGAGAGAGAUCAGGAUCUGGCCUCCAUCACGGAGGAGCGAGAGCAACUCCUGGACCUCCUGAAGGCCAACCGAGAGGAGAAGAAUCAGCUGAGGACCGAUCUGGAAGAGAACCAGGAGAAUCUGCUGCAUCUGCGUGAAGAGCUGGAGUCUCUUUCUGCAGAGAUGAGCCGAGAGCAGCAGGAGCGUCUGCAGGAGAUGAAGACGGCUGAAGAAAAGCUCAGUGCUGUGACUGUAGAGAGAGACCAGCUGAUGGAGAGAAACACCGAACACAACCAGACGAUUGUGCAGCUGAGAGCAGAUCUACAGUCGGCCUGUGCUGAGAGAGACAGUCUGAUGGUGGAGAGAGAUCAGUCCAGCUCAUCCAGCGCUCUGAGUGAUGGAGGAGACCUUCAGGAGAUCCUGCAGGGCGUCAGAGAGUUGAUCCAGGUUCAGGGAGAGCUCAAACAGAAGAAACAUCAGCUUUCUGAUCCGCUCAGUCCCACAGACAAGCAGAAAGCUCAGCUCCAGCAGCUCCAGUGUCUGACCGCAGAGAUGGAGUCUCUGAGGAAUCAGAGGAUAGUGCUCAGGAAAGACUUGGAGGAUGCGGCUGCAACUUCUAAGAUGUAUCAGGAGCUGCUGCACGUCAGUAAAGAGGAGCUGAAGCAGCAGCAGAAGGAGAACACCGAGCUGAUGGAGCAGAGUUCAGCACGGGAGACACAGCUCCAGCAGCAGCUGAACGAGCUCAAUGAAGAUCUCACUGCUUUAAAAGUGCUGCGAGACCAACACGACACUGAGAUUCAGAGCCUGCGGUCAGAGCUGCGUUCACUGAGCAGAGAGAAAGAGGAUCUGCUGGAGAAGAGCCGAGCAGAGGGAGAUCUGCUGAGACGAGACCUGCAGACGCUUCAGGAUCAGCUGGAGGAAACACCCACAGAGCAGCUUCUGCAGUCGGUCACUGAAGAGCGGGAUCAGCUCAGACGAGAGCUGCAGGGGAAGAUGGAGAAGCUUACACACAUCGAGACCAAAGCAGAGCAGCUGGAGAAGCAGAAGAUCCUGCUGGAGUCUGAGGUGCACUCACUCAGCCAGUCUCUCUCUGAGGUGAACUGCAGCGUUUCUCCUGACCAGAAUAACACACAGUCCAAACACAUGAUCAUGGCAGAGCUGGAAGCAUCAGAGGAGAGGCUGCAGACGGCUUUCGCAGAGCUCCAGCAGAUCAUGGAGCGUCCGGUGGACCAGCUAUCUGAUGUAAACCGUGAGGAAUGGGCUGUGCUGUAUCAGCUGGUGCCAUUUAUCCCUAAAGACCGCAGAAACACCACACACACCAAAAAAACAACCCGGCUGAACCACGUCAUCAUCAAGAUUGCUGAGGCAUAUCAGAGGCUGGCACAGCGCUUCCACACACACUUCCAAACGGAGCUCCAGAGAGACGUCUGCUGCUUUCAGGAGUCUCGUCUGCAGGAUCUGCUGCUCUGCCUCUCUCCGGCUCCAUCUCAAUCCCUCCGCAUGCUCCAGGAUGACUUCCAGCAGCUCUGGGAACAGAGACUCUCACACCUGCUGGAGAAACGCCAGCAAUACCUGCAGAAACUGGAGUGUGUGCUGGUUCUCCUGGAGGAAGGGUUAUCCAGAUAUGCAGAGAUGCUGUCAGAGGAGCGUCAGCACAGGACUGAAGAGCUGCAGGAGCUGAAGACUCUGCUCAGAUCUGCUCAUGCUGAUGCUGUUAUUCAGCUGCUGGAGAAACAGAUCAGCCGGCGGGAUAAAGCUGCUGAAUGCCUCAACACUUACUACUUUGUUCUGCUGAAUAAGUAUGACUCUGAGAUCAACCCCCUGAAGUUUUCCUCCUCUGAAUCUGAGCGACGGCUGGAGGAUCAGAGAAAGCAGACGUUGACACUGUUGAAGGCCCAGAACGGCACGCUUCCCAAAACUGAGGCUGAACUCCUGCAGGACAACCAGCGUCUGUCACUGCAGCUCCAGCAAACACACCGGCAUGUGGAGGAGAUUCAGGAGCAGAUGAAGGAGCUGCAGGUCAAGACUGAUGCUUCAAACCAGAAACAACAUGAAGAUCUGCAGGAGCUCCGAGUCCAGCUGAUGGAGAAACAGAGCCUCGUCCAGAGCCUGGAAGACAAGCUGAGGCGCUCUGAGGCUCUGGUGAAGAGCAGCAUGACUCCAGCUGCUGCUGAACUGGCCGCUUUGAAGGACAAGCUGGUGAAGAUGGAGCUGGAGCACAUCGCCGUCACCACCAGCCAUGAGAAAGAGAUUUCCCAGAUGAGCUCCAUGCUGGAGCACAGAGGAGACGUGAUCCGCAAGCUGAAGGAGACCCUGAGGAAGCAGCAGCAGGACGAUGAGCAGUCCUUCACAGACAGAGAUGAGUUUGAGCUGAAGAUGAGCACCAGAGCCAACACAACACUAAAGGAGAAGAAGAUGGAGGAUCUGCAGAAGAAGAAUGCUCAGUUUGAGAGUCUGGUGAGCAAACAGCAGGAGGAGAUCAGCAAGUGGAAGAGGAGAGCGUAUAAGAUGAAGGAAAGCAAGCGUGACGCUCCCUGCACACCCACCAAACGAGACGCUCCCCACACACCCACCAAACGCCACCCUGCACUGGCCGAGACUGAAGUCAACUCACCCAAGAGGAGCGUUCUGGACUCACCCAAGAGCCGCUUCUUCGACCUGCGCUCCAGCGUUCCUCUGUCCCUCAGCCAUCACACACAGUUCUUCGACAACUCCAGCCUCGGCACUGUUCCAGAGGUCUCCUGUACACCAGCUGAUCCCGCCGCGGCCGCUGCUGUAGACUCUUCAGACAGUGAUGAUGAGGACUGCAGCUCUAAUGCCGCUGUGAUGUCAAACGCUGCACACAAAGACGACUGGUGGCAGAUUCCUGACGCUUCACCCACAAAGACAGACGCUAACGCUUGUCCCACACAGUGAGCAGACGCAGUUAAAGAGAGCAGAGGCUGCUGGGAGCUCAACACUGACCUCAGAUCAGCACUUCAGUACUACAGUCUGUCUGUCCUUUUAAUUGUUUGUAUGUGGGCUUUUUUCUUGUUGUGAAGUUUAAUGUGAAUAAAGUUGUGUUUUUAUGUAAA